UGCUAAACGCUACACCAGCCUACACCCGACAGUAGCAACAGCACAUUAAAAAGUACUUGAGAAACAGAGAGGAGAGAGCAGUUUUAGAUGCUGGUUCUGGAUGUGGAUAAGCAGAGUGAACUAAACAGCUGCAGUAGUGUGUGGAGAAAAAACAUUUAUCUAGAUAUCUUUAGAUAUAUUUAGAUAACUAAAUAGUGUUGAGCUUAAAAUAUUUGGUUUUAUUUUGGAGUUGAAGAUUUGCUCAUUUAGGGCACAUUUGCACAUCUGUUCUAAGUUUUAAAAACCAAAGUCAUUAAACGGGUUUAUUUGAUUAAUUCAAGUUCAGUAUCACCACACUUAGUGGUAACUAUUUUAACUUGGGAAAUAGGGUAUAAUAUGUCUCCUUUAAAAACAAAACAAAAGUGACCCUGGUUUGUAAAUAACACAACUAUAAUUGAUGUAAUAUAUACUGUUACAUUUGUAUCAAUAAUAGUCAAGCCAGCUCAGAGGUGGUGGGAGGGGGGCCCAAUCUAAUUCAGUUUAGGGCCCAAUUAAGGCUUGGCCCGGCCCUGUUAUUAUUUAAAUUUAGAUCUAGCAAAUGCUAAAUCCAAGUAAAUAAAGCUGAACGUUAUGAUCAUCCAUAAAAAUAAAUCAUACAGAUGUGAUGACUAAAUGUAUGCUUUUCCAAAGUGCAACAUGUGCCAGGAUGGAAACAGAUCAAAUGAACUGAUAUUGCUGGUAAUUUUAUGACGCAAUUGACGCGUGAAGUGAGCCUUUCCACAUCUGUCACAUCUGCACACAGUAGCUCUCAGGAUAAACUUGUAAGCACCUUCAGUGUUGGUGUGCUGACUACUUCUCUGAGGGUCUGUUGAUCUGGCAAAACUCUGGGACCCCCCCGGAAAAAAGCUUCUGCGUAACAGAGUGAUCUCGAAGACGCACAGGGUUAAUUUCGAGCCCCCACCACUACCACCCACAUCUCCUAUUUGAAAGCCGCCUCUCUACCGGGAGAGGAAGGCUCUUUUUCGGUCAGAUGGCGUGCUGCAGUCCGCCCCCGUCAUUCUCCAGCCCACGCAGAAAGCAAAAAGGCAGCCAGCAACCAAUACGGUGCGCCGGAGGAGGAUUUCUGCCAGUGAUUUCAGACGAGCUACUAUACGCAAAAGGGAUUUACUACGUAGAUCUGAGCAGGGGAAGCUUGCGGCGAAAGGCACUGGGGUAAGAAACGAAGGGGAUAUUUUCUGUAUCCGGUGUUUGUUUGUUAUUUUACAAAUAUAUCAUUUUUACCCGUGUAUUUGUACUUUAGUGUGCUUUCAAUGUGGCUGAAGUGGCAUUAGUUUCCAUUUCUUCGUGUUAGCCAGUUUCACUCAGCAGUACGGACCUGUCUGUGACUUCGGUGAUUGGAGAGACACCUUUGCGUAAUUACGCCCGUCUCCUCUCUCUGCUUCAUCAUCUACCUGACCUGGAGAAGUACCGUGUGCCAUGUCUCUGCCACGCACACUUGGGGAGCUGCAGCUUUAUCGGGUGCUGCAGAGGGCCAACCUGCUGGCCUACUAUGAAACCUUCAUCCAGCAGGGCGGUGACGACGUGCAGCAGCUCUGUGAGGCAGCGGAGGAGGAGUUCCUGGAGAUCAUGGCUCUAGUUGGCAUGGCCACCAAGCCACUGCAUGUGCGUAGGCUGCAAAAGGCCCUCCGAGACUGGGCAGCAAACCCUGCCCUCUUCAACCAGCCUGUUUCUAACGUCCCACUCGGGGGCAUACCACUCUUCAAAGUUGACGGAACAGGCACGAGUGGGUCAGCGGGCGGGCCCAGGAAGUCUGUGAGCAAUGGGCAGCCAGGGUCACCGUGUGAAAGGGAGGACCGGACGUGUCUUACUCCAAUGCACAGUGGGAGUCCUAGAAGCCCCUGCUCCCAGGCCUCACCACAACCACCAGACACACACUACAGGGAAAACCUGUCACCCAUGGACCCACACUGGCUCAGCCCAGAGCCAGAUGGAAACUGCACUUCUACAUCUGGAUUAGAGGAGGAGCCGCCCAGCCCACCUCUGCUGUCAGCAUGUCCUCCUGGUCCCUCCACAUCUCCAAGCCCCUCUGCUUCUUUUGCCCCGGCACCUCUGUCAGCCUGGCCCGGAGGACAGCUGGAUGGGGAAACGGCAAGGGCGGUGGUGGAGAGUGUGGAGAGGCUCCUCAGGACCCUGCCCAGGUCAGAUCCUGCAGAGGUGAAGACUCUGCUCAGGAUGAACAAGAAGAUGGCAAAGACUGUGGGGCACAUUUUCAAAAUGGGGUCCCAGGAUGUGAACAAGGAGGAGGAGAUCCGAAAGUACAGCCUCAUUUAUGGGCGCUUUGACUCCAAGAGGAGAGAAGGCAAGCAGCUCACACACCAUGAGCUGAUCAUCAAUGAAGCGGCUGCUCAGUUCUGUAUGCGUGACAAUGCCCUUUUGCUGAGACGGGUGGAGCUCUUUUCUUUAGCUCGGCAAGUGGCGAGAAAAUGUGCCUACACCUCCACACUGAAGCAUGCAAGGACAAAUCCAGAUGACAACAGUGUGGUGUCUCAGAAGAGAGCGAGACAUGAGGAGACCGUGUCAUCACUUCUCGGAGCUGAGGGUUCAGAGGGUUUGACCCAGAGGGCAGACGAAGACAGCUUAUCUACAGAAAGCCUGGACAGUGGACCACAUGACACUGGCUCACAGUGCAACCAGUCUCCUUCCCCCCGCCCCCACACUGACACCUCCAACCCCACCAGCUGGAGUCGCCAUCUCAUACAGCAAACACUAAUGGACGAAGGGCUGCGAUUGGCUCGAAUGGUGUCACAUGAUCGGGCUGGCAAGAUCAGCCUAAGAUCAGAAGGGACCCGCUCCACAGACCAUGACAGUAAAGCGGAGAAGCGGAGCUCAUUACCAGCGUGCAGGAGCAGUAGCCCUUGCAUCACCAAAGACAACUCAAGUCACCGAGGGAAAUGAAAAUGCUUACAGGUUAACAGGGAACUAGUUGUGCUCAACCUGCCAUUGAACUCCCUUCAGAUUGUGCUGUUAAUGAGCAGGCUUUUCACACACACAUGUACUUCACUGACAUCACAAGCCUCCGAUGUUGAGAAAACACUCAUGGACUAGAAAAUGAAUCAAGUAAAUGUCAGAUUUUACCAGCAGUUAAGAUCAUAAACCUGCAGGGACACGUUAAAAAGUAGGGGAGACACUCUUUUUAUUAUUUUAUUAGUAAAGAUCUGAUAUAUUUUUUAUGUUAUUUGCAUCUGCUUAAAAAAGUGAAAUGUACUUGACACAGCAGAGGGCACUGCAUCUUUAGAAAUGAAAUCUGUUAACUCAGCCCAGCCCGAGUACACUGACAGCAACACAGAUUACUCAUGUUAUUUUAAGACUAUGACAGCUCAUCACCCUCAGGAAACAAACCCAUGUGCUGGUUCUUGACACACAUCAGUGUGGAAGUCAGAUUUAUUCCGACGUGAACGGUUUGCCUUGACAUGCAAAGACAAGUUAUGCAUGAGGAGCUGGAAAACGAUUAGUGUUAUGUACUGUAAAAUGAUUGACAUUUCCCAGAGCAUAAUGACACUUAAACACCACGGGGUAGGUUCAGAAACAUUUUGUUCUUUGCUGCAUCAUUUUAUGAACCAUUAUUAUUAUUUUUUACUCCCUCACUUCCUUGAUUAAACAAUUUUGGACAAAAGGCCGGAUAAUAUUUGUAAAAGAAAAUAGUUUGAGGCAUUUAAAUGAUUUGGAAACAUUUCUUUCUAAAAAAAAAAAAAAAAUGAACACAGACACUUUGAUUUCCAAGUGAAAACAACAUUGUCUUUUCUUUUCAUACAGUGAAGUGAGGUUUUUGACAUUGUGCCAGUUGUACAGCCUGCAUUCACAACUAAAUAUUACAGGUACCACAGCAUUUACCCAUCAAACAUUCGAUGAUUAAUGUACUUUUUUUUAGGUGUAGCAGAAACCCAUGGCCUGUGGUCGUCUGUAUAUGGAAUCAUUUCUUUGGUCAUAGAUGUGGCCAAGGGCAGCCUCGUGUUAGUUUUUUGAAAAAGAGAAAACAUGCAGAAUCUCAUGGUGCUUGAUUUUUCAUAUAGCAGCUCCUAAAAUUUAUUUCAACCUACUGGCCCCAAUAACUGAAUGAUGUUCAAACUCCAUGUUUACUUAAAGUGUUGAUAAUGAUCAUGUUAGGAUUUCUGUACCCUCGAUAACAAGAGUAUAUCAGUGAGGUAGCUUUCUGUGAAUCAGUGACACCUGCCUGUCCCCUGAGCAUUAGUAACCUCAGUUUAUUAUGUUGCUAAAAACAGAUUAUUUAUUUUGUUACAUCUCAAUAAAUGUUAUUUUAUUGCUUAAAUCCACA